CUUGUGGACUCCGUGUCCCAUGGAGCGCUGCGGGGGGCCCGGCGCCCGGCCCGCGGCCCCGGCAGCUGGCGGCAGGGCGGCUAGUUCAAGUUGCCAUAGCGGCGAGGUUGCUCAUGAGAACAAAGAGGAAUGCUUAACCAUAAAUAGCUUCAAGAUACUGAUGGCAGAUUCAUCCAGUGAUUCAGACAACUUAUUUACGGGUCGGACUGGAAGGCGGCCCUUGAGAGCAUCCCACAGCAGAGCUCAGAACUAUGGUGCUGAAGAAGUUACAGAGAAGAUCCAUACUUUAGCAAGCACUUUGCAGGAUACCAACAGAAAUCUAAGACACGUUGACCAUUUGCUAGGACAGUACAGAGAAUACAACAAGGAACAAACCAAAGCAAUAACGACUUUAAAAGAAACACUGGAGCAAUCUAUAGGUCAAUUGAGGAGCCAGCGACUAACACGAAACUCUGGAAUGAGAAGUGCAUCUCUCUCAAGCUUAUAUCCCAGUGACCUGGAUGGAGAAGGAACAUCAGGCAACCGCCACUUUGUGCCCACUUCUCCUCUCAGGGAUUAUGGAGACUCCCAGGGCAAUAAACACCGAAGGUCUAGAUCUGCAAGUGUUCGGUUUGUCAGUGAGGCAGAUAAUGUGGAGCAGCUGCAUUCUUUCCACCAGUCUCUUCGAGAUCUCAGCAGUGAACAAGUUCGCCUGGGAGAUGACAUCAGUCGCGAGCUUUCAAGAAGAAAUCGGACUGAUGCUGAAUUAAGAAAGACUCUAGAAGAGUUGUCUGAAAAGCUCACUGAGUCCCAAAGACAAGAAACGGUAUCAGAACGGGUAGAGAGAAGACUUCAGGAGAUAGAAGAAGAAAUGCGUGCUGAAAGACAGCUCGUAGAAAGGCGCCAGGACCAGCUGGGCCAUGUGUCUCUUCAAUUACAGGAGGUUUUAAGGAAGCAAGAUGUUAAAGAAGAUGAAACAGAACUCAUGAGAAACAAACUUGUGAAAUAUGAAAGCGAAAAGCACCAGCUUGAGCAGGAAUUGGAGCAGUCCCGGAAAAAGUUGAGUGAAUCUGAAGGCAGUAGAGAAGCUCUUUUGCAUCAGAUUGAGGAUCUUCGAUCUCAGCUUUUGAGAGCAGAAGAAGACCGUGUAGAAUUGCAACAUCAAAUCUCAUAUGCUGCUAUGCGUCGCCAGAGCUAUCAGGAUGUACAAGAUGAUGACAGGAGAAUUAGAGCAGUAGCUGAAAAAUAUGAGAGAGAGAAGCAAGAUCUAGAGAAACAUAUUUUGGACCUUAAAGCAAAGCUGAAUCACAGUGCUGUAAUGUCAGAGGUAGAAGACCUGAAGAGAUGUAUAGAGCGCAAGGACAAGGAGAAAGCACAGCUUGUAAUGCACAUACAGGUGUUAACUUCUGACCUGGAAAACAGGGAGAAGCAGCAGGAAAAAAUGCUGGACCAGCUAAAGGAGAUACAGAACUGCUACAAGGCUUGUGAGAAUGGGCGCAGACAAACUGAACUCCAGGCUGCUGAGUUAGCUCAACAGGUUGAAGAGAGUACCAAGGAAGCAGAACGGUAUCUCACUGAAUUCAAGCACUCAGAGGCACUCAGGCUGGAGAUUGAGAAAAAAAGAGAAGAUUUGAAGGUGAGAGCCCAGGAAACCAUCCGCCAAUGGAAGCUGAAGUGUAAGAAGUUGGAUCAUGAGAAUGAAAAGCAAAAUCAAACUAUCAGUGAACUGAUGGACAAGAAUAGUCAGGCCCUUAAAGAAAAAGAUGAUCUUAAAAGUCAGCUUCUCUCAGCUAUAAACCAGAUAGAAAACCUGCGGAAAGAGCUGAAUGAUGUGCUUACAAAGAGAGCCCAGCAGGAAGAACUUCUCCACUGUAAAGAGGUAAAACUGAAUGAAAUGGAGUCACACCGGGUAUCUCUUGAAGAAGAGAUCAAAGAAGUUCAAGGUACUGUAAAAAAAUUGGAGAAUGAGUUGAAAAAUCAAGUCUUUCUACAAAAUCAAAUGCAAGCUGAGAAGGAACACUUGAAGACAGAACUUGUGAAUAUUAACUUGUUUCAUAAAAAAGACCAAGAACGACUCCUGGAAAUGCAAGCAGAUGUAAAACAUUUAAGCACCGUACGUGUGGAACUAACAAACAGAAUUGCAGAAGAGGAGAAAGCCAAAAAGGAAUUACUUAAGAGGCUCUCAGACCUCCAGAAACAGCAGGAAUCUAGUCAUGAAGAGAUGAUUUCAGCUAGCAGGCAGCUGAAGAUGGAAAGAGAAAUUCACCAACAGGAGUUGGCAGAUCUUAGAUCAGAAUUACAGAAUGUGAACAUCAAACAUGAACAAAAUGUUCAAGAACUCACGAAAAUCCUUAAACAAGAAAAAGAUGAUGCAGAGGCUCAAAUUAGAAUGCUAAAGAUGGAACUUUUGGAAGAGAAAAACAGAGUCAAGGUUCAGUGUCGACAACUGGAAAAAAUAAAAGUUGAGUGUGAUAAAUUGACAGAAGAAUUAACACAGAAUGAGGAAGAAAAUAUAAAACUAAAACGGAAAUAUGAGUUUGUAAAACAAGAACUGGAGAAAAAGGAAAAACAGAUCAGCAAUGAAGAAGAUCAUUUGAGAAAGAUGAGUGAGGCCAGACUGCAGUUUAAAGAUCAACUGUGUCAAUUAGAAAUGGAACAGCAAUCCAUUCUCUCCAUGAUAGGAAGUGAAAUUGAUGCUGCUUGUGAAAUCUUUUCUCGGGACUCCAUGGAGAAAUUAAAAGCAAUAUCCCUUACACCAACAGUACUGAACGAUCCUCAUCGCUGGUUAGCAGAAACAAAGACUAAGCUUCAGUGGCUGUGUGAGGAGGUAAAGGAAAGAGAAAGUAAGGAAAAAAAGCUGCGAUGCUACUUGCUGCAAAGCCGAGAACAGCUCAAGCACUUGACACAGAUAAAGGAGACUGAACAUCAGUCUCUCUUUAAACAGAUAAAAACCCAAGAAAAGCUUUUGGAAGAAGUUCACAGAGAAAAAAGAGAGCUACUAGAGAAGACACACAGAAGAGAAGAAGAAAUGGGAGCUCUCCAGGAACGUAUUAUGGCCUUAGAAACGAGUACCCGAGUAGCUUUAAACCACCUGGAGUCUGUGCCUGAGAAACUGAGCCUGUUAGAAGAUUGCAGAGAUACUGGACAAGCAUCUGCAAUCUCCUUCACACUUGCCCUCUCGCACUUAACACUGGAGUCCCAUUGCCGAAGGGAGAUGAUUGAGGAGAGGUAUAUGAGAUAUAAAGACAUAGUGACUUCUUUGCAGCAGCAGCUGGAAGAUUCCAAGCAAAGAGUCAGGCAAGUCAAGGAUGUGAAAAUGGAUGCUGAAAUUUCUGAUGUAGAAGUGGCUGCUCACUCUUCUAGUUGGAGAACUCAGAACAGCUUUUUGUGCAGCUCACCGCUUUCAAGUUCAGGUUCACUUAGGAAAGGAAUGGUUCCUUUGGAUACAAGUGGCACCAAGGAAGAUUCUACUAAUGUUGCUGUUAGUGAAAUGAAGCUGCAAGCAGACGGAGGAAAACAGUAGAAUAUUUUAUGAAACCACACCAGUUUUCUCUGUGGUAAAUUCCAUUCCACUUUUUUUUUUUUUGGUUUUGAACAGUAGUAGUUCCAUCUGCUGUAGGAGUGAUGCACCCUUAAUGAUUCAGCAAUUGCCAAACACUCAAAUGAAAGAGCACCAAGAGUGAUUCUGAUGAACUCUUUUGAUAAUUUAGGCGACUUGCACACCAAAGGCUUUCUGAGAUUUUGCUAUUCUCUUGUGUUUGUUUCUACCGUCCUCUUAGACUAAAUUUAUUGUAUUCCUGAAAUACUGUAAAUACCUAUGACAUUAAUCUUUCUAUGAGCUUAUUACCCCUAUACAGGAAUUGUUCUGACACUUGUUUUUUAAUUAUGUUUAGUAACAUUAUUAAUAAUUAAAAAAUAAUAGUGAAAUUUUUUUCACUAUUAAUUCAUUAUUAAUAAUGAAAAAAAAUCAGAAAUUGCCUAUUACUAUGAGACAGAGUAAUUAUACAGUGUUGUACAGGCACAUUUGUGAUUUUUAGGUCCCUCUGUUUGAAAAAAUCAUUUAAGAAAGAAGUAAUAAAACGAAAUUUUCUCAAAAUUAAUUUUCUCAUAAUUCAUAUCUUGGCUUGAGGCUCAGCAUAUAUGUGUUAUAAGUUGCUAGAAUUAUUCUUCUGGCCAGAACAGUUUUAUAAGAUGGCCUCAAUCAGGCACUUUAAAGAAUCUGAAUCUCUCCCAUCUGUAUCAAGAGUGUUAAAAGGCACUUCUGUGUGGCUGUGAAAAUUUUAAAAUCAAUGUUUAGUGUUCCUUUAUUUAUCCUGUUUUGUUCUCUGUUAGAGAAGAUGUGUUAUAUUGAUUGUAAAAUACUGUGGAAAUACAAUAUUGCACAUUUCUAUUUGUUCAGAUAUCACUAUUCUAAACAAAUCAGACACAAUUUUGCAUUACAGGGGUCUCAAAAAACAAAUCAAAGAAGAAUUUUCUAAGAAUUCUGCUGUCUAAAGAAAUGCAAGUGUUUCUGAUGGCUCUUGUUUUAUUCUCCUCUCAGCUACUUCUGGCUUGAUCACUGCUACUGUGCCUUAAAAGAUUUGCCAAAGCUAUCAGAGUACUGUAGCAACAUUAACACCUUUCAAACAAUUUUGUUUUGCAGACUUCUGUCAUAUUUAGGAAGCCUAUUUCUUCUCUGAAACACUGUUAUUUUUUAGCACUGUAGGUGUCUCAGGUAUAAUUCACAGGCCAUCAUGUGCCAUCUCAAAAGAGGACUUUUUUUUUUUUUCCAAUACUCUGAUGAAGUGUUCUGUAGUCCCAGUGGGUGCUCUGGACAGUGCACUUCCUUGACAAUCACCUUGUGUUCAACCUUUUUCAAGCAGACCAACAUACUGAGAACAUCAAAAUCAGACACAGAAAUGAGAAAAAGAUAGAGUUUAUUCUAUGUUCAUAUUCCAUGAACUUAAAUUUCUUAAAAUUAAAAAAAAAUCUGACAUGGUUAAAAAGUUUUCUUUACCUUUUGUUGUGUAUUAUGCUGUGCAUGGUAGCACUGGCAUUGGCUUUUUGCAGACUUCUGGCACAUCUCCUCAUUCAGAGGGUCAAGAAAACAAAACAGGCACAUCCAUCUGUUCUGAUCUCAAUGGCUAUGACAGGAACAAGAAAAAAAAAUCAACAAAUAAACUUCUGCUCUCUACAAAGAGUGUGGAUGUCAUGAAACAGUGUUUAGAUCGAGCCACAGCUACUAUAAACUAAACUUACUUAAACUGGAUCCAAGAUUUGUAAUUUAUUGUUUUUAUUAGAUCAGAGCAGAGGUGGAAAUACGUAAUUUAAAAUAUUUUAACUGGUUUGGUCUGCUGAAACUUAAAAACUUGCAAAACUGAAUGUCACCAUAAAGCUUGCAGACUUUAUGGUACCUACAAAUUAAGGCUAAAACAUAGAAAGGUCACUUUAAAAUAUAUUAAUAAUCAAUAAAUCAUGUUCUCAAAACACCUUAUGUGGGAGUGAGGUCUGGUGCAUGGAUUGCUGAUGGAUAACUCUUUUACCAAAGUUUAAGUGUAUUUGUGACAUGGAAGUAAAUAAAUGGGCCUUUGAGAGUCUUAGCUGAGCAGUAAUACCAGAAAUAUAAUGUCCUCUCUUUUUCCUAAAGCAUUUGUAAAAAUCUUACCAUUCUAUGUGUUUAUACAUUUUUUCCUGACUUGUAACCUAGAAAUCUGAAGUAUGUAUUCUUAAAACAGGAUCACUACUGCUUUAUAUUGUUAGAAAGCUAAGGAUAAGCAGUCUGAUCUCCCUCACUAUUACAUCAAGUAUUGAAUCAACUUUUGUUCUGUAUAGGACAGAAGUUACUACUGGGUGAACAAUUUUAGCUUUAAAACUUUAAGUAUGUUCAGUGCUUAGUAUAUUUGCCUUUGCCCAUGUGACUGGAUUUUCAUCAGUUUUAUAUCCUUUUAUAAAAUUUUCUAAAAGGGGUGGAAGUACAGAAGAGAUGUCAAACCACACACACACACACACACAAAUCUUAUUGAGUAGACUUAUGGACUCCAAAGCCAGGAAAGGCUUUCUUAAAUUUACCCUCUUGGCAUGGCAGUCUAGAUAGCAUGUAAUAUUUGUCUCUCUUCCACCUUUGAUAGAGGUUCAUAUUACAAAGUGAAUUUUGUUUCGUCUUUACUGAAGGCUAAGGUUCCGUUCAUGACAUUAAAUGAAACUGUCCCUUUGUGGUUUAAGAAAUAAUAUUUUUUCCAUAUUGGUCUGAAAUAAUACUCUUCUGCAGUUUCAGUUUUUAAAGUAGAAAAGCAGAUAAUUUUUAAAUAAAACCUUUUCUAUAUUUCACAUCUUAAAAAUUGCUGUCCCUUCUGGUAGCCAGAUUUUUUAUAAUUUAACCCUUUAAUGACCGGUUACUCAAUUCUUACCCAAAGCAGUGGUUUUCAAUAAUCAAAAAUGUGGUAUCGCACACACAAAAAAUGAUGGUUUAAAUCUUUUUUCUGUUUAGCAUUUGGUAAAUCAAGCAAUUUUUAACGUAUGUACUAGGUACAUACAGGUUUUAUAAGCUAGUAUCAGGUAUUCUUUUUUUUUAAAUGCUGUACUGAAAUACAGUGCUUCAAUAUUGUGCUUUCAAAAAUGUAUUGGCCCUCUAUUUUAGCAUCAAAUAGCUGUCACAUGAAUAAGCUAUAAAUUUUAUGCCCUUCAGUUCCUAAUGUUUUACAGCAGACUUGAGAGUACUUACUUUCCAGAUUAUAUUUACUAAAUAACCAAAUAAUUUAUUUUUAUUGUGCAAUUACUUCAUCCUAAGAAGAAAUGUCAAAAUAAAAAUUAAAAAUAAAACUUUACAGUGCAAAACAAAGCAAUUUGCUUACAUUUACUUCUCAAAUGUUUGAUGAAAACCAGUCUUCAGUGAUGGUGAAAGUACUCCUCGGUAUUCAAAGCUCAGCCACAUUUUUACUAGCUAUUACAGCAAAAUAAAAAAAAAAAUAUUAAAAACCCAUACAACAAAGAAACUACUAUUCUAAAAUCCAUUUCUGAGCUAAGGAAUCUUCAUAUCAGUUCAUCUCUGGCUUGCAAGGCAUAGUCUCUGCACUGGGUAGCACUGAAUGGUUUUUCAUGAAUGACAAUGCCAGUAUUACUAUGAAAGGAAAUCAGUAGGUAUUUUUGUUACACUCAUUAUAAUUUUUAUGGCCAAAAAUAAGAAGUCUUCAACCUGUAUGCCUUCUCAUAUCUAUAACAUGGAGAAAAAUUUUUUCAUAAAUUUUUGUGGCACUGCUUGUUACAGUCCAAUUUUACAGUAUCUGUGUUAAACUCCUUGUGUCUGCAGUGUGUUAGUAACAAAUUUAUCUCUCUCUGAGCCCUUGUCACCCCACAGAAGAAAUUGAUGCUGAAGUUAGUGUGAGCUGCAGGUCAAUAGCUAACAACACAGCCUUGUCAAAAAUGGAUGUGCAGGAGGACAUCACACAAAGUACUGUGAUUUUGAUGUAAUUGUAGAAUUUAGAAGCAGUUGUAGAUGAAAACUAACAGUAGAAGGGAUGAAAAGCAAUUAAUGAUUAAAUUAAAAUUUCAGCACAUUUUUAUUCUUGUUGCCUUAGCUUAAAAACUGUCUUAUAGCUAAUAUUUACAUCUGAAUGAAAGUGAUCCCUAAAUCAAAUUCUUUAUUGGAUAAUUUUUUUUUUUCAUGCUUAAGUACUUUCUACUCUAGGACUUCUUAACUCUUUACUGUAAGCAAGUCUGGGCUGCUGUGAAUAUGAACUUAUUUGAUUUUCUAUGGAAAUAACUAAAUUAAAUUUUCAAUCUGAACAAUAUUUUAGUGCUCUGUACAAGAGUAAAACAUGGCAGAAUCCAAUAACCAAGUAAUUAAAAAAUCUGCAAUGCUUCUGGGAAUGUUGACAGCAAAAAUGAAGGACAUUGCUGUGGUUAAAAUCCAGCAACAUCCAACUUUUAUCAUUUGUGCUAACACCAAUAGCUCUCCUGUUUCUAAAGCUAAAGUUGCACUUCUGUCAUUUUUCUGUCUGAAAUAAUGAGAUUUUUUUUUCUUUUCCCCUAAUAAUGACAAAAUCUGUAGUGUGAGAAUAUGCAGUGAUAUUUUUUAAUUUCUAGUCUUUUUUUUUUUUGGAAUCUACUGAGUGCUAUUUGGAACUAAAUAUUUUUGUAACAUGGUUUUUAACAUGUUUUUGUUAAAUUAUUACAUUUAAAAACAUGAACUCCAUGGAGAUAUCUCUUUUACAUUACAUUAGUGUUGAUGGCAGUUGUUUCUUCUAAGCUCUUUUCAUAUGAACUCUGACACUCUUAUUUGUUUCAUAAAAUAAAAGCUGCAUAGUAAAUGGACUAACAUCAGGUCACAUACUGUCUAAUUUUAAAGAUUAUUCCACAGGCCAAAGUAAAUGUCUCCUACUACAUUUGUCUAGAUUUUUUUCAUUUUGCCAGCAUUGAUUCUACCAUCAGUUUGUAGAAGAAAAUGGUAAAGGAUAGACUUUGCUGCAAAAACCCUGAAAUAUUAUUGAUUUGAGGCAAAAAAUUAGACUACAGCAAAUUUAGGACAUCUGUCUAAGUGCUUAGUCUAGAAGUUAAAAUACUCAUGUUAAAAAGUGUAUGUCUUCAGUGUGUUAAUAUCAAAUAAUCUUCCUUACAAACAGUUGCUAAUACCGAAAAUAUUUUUGAAAAGUGAUACUGAAAUUUGCUAAAGAUGAUUAAAAGGAUUUCUGUGUCACUCACAAUUAAACAAGCAUGGAACUGGGAAACAUCCCAAUAUAUGUUUCUGGCAUGAGGCUCUUCACAGAAACCACCAGGGAUACAGUGGUAUACUUAGUGUGGGAAUGAUGAAGUUGAGCUGUGUUUUGCUGGUGGCCAAGGGACCAAUUUGCAUCUCUGGCUGUUUGGUGUAGGGAGCUCAAUGUGUGCACCAUUUUUAUUGAGGCUUUCACUGCCUGGUGCAGCACUGACAGCACCCUUUCACUCAAACAGCUGCAACCAUGAAGACAUCAUGGAGCUGGCAGAACUUUUGUUACAUGUUUUGACUAACAGAAUGUCAACAAGUCCAUCAGAAACCUUGGAACUGUUUGUUUUGUGUUCACUGGAGCAGUCUCCAGUGCAGUCAUAAAGCUGGAAGAUGCAGAAACCUUUGUUCAAUGUGAGCUACAUCAGCAGGGAGGCUUGCUAGCCAUGGAAUGUGACUCCAUUAGUAUGUUGUCCAUUGAUCAGUUAGAGGUCUAUAAAUUAACAAAAAAACUAUUCUAAAAAGUUUUUUAAAGUGAGACAAAUUAUUCUUAUAUAAUAGUCCAAAAAUCUCUGCAAAUAUGAAAAAAUGAAGUAUCAAAGUCAAGAAACACUUCAUUUUUCCAGAAUGUAAAUGCUUAAAUUUCAGUAGAGUGACAGACUGAAAUGAAGCUCCUGAAGAUGUUGAUCAACAGACAUCAACCCACUUCAUAUAAUCUCUUAAUGUGUGAGACUUGCUCACUUUGAUUUAGACUUAACCUAAGUCUGUUAUGUGUGCUGUGCACUGGGUAGCAAAGUUGAAAUAAUUCCACUGGAGGCAGCUGAUGUGCUUCAGAAGGAAUACUGGCUCUUGCAGUGUAUUUUAACAAAUGUUCACAUUUCUGCUGUGGUGUUACAUUACCUGAAGAAAGCAACAAAUAGAAAAAUACUUGAAUUGUAGGUGAAGGUGUCAAUACAAUAACAGUGUAUUACUGAGGUUUUGAAGGUGUAUCAUUUUUAAGGCUGACAUUUCUAUAUGUGCUUAUUAGAAAAUGCUGAUAUUUUAUUUUUUUUCCCUUGGGGCAUAUGAGAAGAGAAUAUGUUAUUUGGUUUUAAGUCUGGAACGUGUUUUGCCAUUGCAUGCUGCCAGUUUCUGUUUAAUUUGGGGUUAGCUAAAAAAACCAACCAUUUAAUUCUGAUACUUCAUUACAAGCACUCCUAAUUAAGUUAGUUGAUACAUGAGUCACUUUUUUCCAAAUCUUUUGUUUUCAUUUAAUUUGAAUGAAAUACAGUGGUUUUUUGCCCCUAAAACUGGGGCAAAAUUAUUCUUGUGAUCUAGUAUUUUGGUUGGGACAUUCCAAAACUAAGAUUGCCCCAGGCAAUUCAUACAUGUGACACUGAAUAUAUUGCAUCAUAUUUCCCAGUCAAAUAUUGUCACUGUAGUAUAAAGUAACAACACAAAAUCUGCAGAAUUUCAACAAAUAAUAUGGACGUGAAAUGUUUCUAUGCUUGGUUUGAAGUCAGAAAGGUCUGUUUAAUACUUCUAAACCUUAUAUGUUAGAAAUAGGCGUAGUGGAAUGAAAUUCCUCAACAUUGAAUUAUUUAUUGAGAUAAAGUCCUUGAAUGUUUAGCAAGGAGUACAGCUCUUCGUACUUGUUGAGGUUCACCUUAGUGUAGUAACUAGAACUAUUGCAGUUUCCUUCAGACUUGAUUUCUGAAAGGUAAAGCUCUGUUCAGACUUCUAAUAGCUGUGUAGGCAUCAGGUAUAUCCUGUCCACAUAAUUAUGUGUCUUUCCUAUAGACAUUGACAUGUAUGAACAUGUUCAUACAGUGUAAAAUUUUACUGCUCAAAAAGAAAUAUUGCCUUUUAUGCUUGGACAUCCUGACUGCAGUAAAGCUAGCAGAGGUCUUGUCUGUAGUAUCAGUGGAGUGACAAUUUUGUGCUGAGUUUUAGAAAAGGGGAGAGAAAUAUUUUCUUUGUCUCUUUUUUCAUUGCAUUCUGAAGGUCUGCAAAUCUACCAUAUGUGUUGGUCUGAUGAACAACAAAUGCUUGCUAAAAAAUACAUGAUCUUAUAAAAAUCAUAUGGUAGCAAACUCCAAAACACUUGAAAUAAUUUGAUACUGUUUCAUUUUUAUAUUUUAAUAUUUUUCAGAAACUAGGAAAUGAGAUUUUGAGUUCAUUUAGGUUCCUGUAUUUUUUUCAAGAAGUCUAAAUCAAAGUUAUAUAAUGAAAACCAUAGUAUUUCUGAAUAACAUCAAUCUAAGCUUAUGAAAUUUGAAAAAUUCUGAAAUGUUGCAGCUCUUUGUUCCACUUUUAUGUGGUCUACUACAGCUUUUUCAAAGUGAUGAAGCCAUCUCCAAGGAGAGAUGGUUCAUCUGUUAAUAUGUGUCAAUUGUAUUUCAUACUUGUGACUAAAUGUUUUGUUUCGUAUUAGUUUUUCAAUUGAUCUAGUAAUUCAGUGAGUACCAAAAUAGGGAUUUUUAUGUGUGUAGGGAGAUGCUAAUUAUAUCUUACAUCUAAAUUCCAGUACUGUUGGUAUUGCUUUUUGACAAGACUCACAAAAUAAAAACAGUUUUGACUUUUUUGUCCUAUGAUAUUUUAGUUCCAGGAUAGCUUCACAAGGUAUUUGCAGUCCAUUUUUUCCAUUAUCUGCCAUCUUCAAGAAGGGAAAAAAUUCACCUUUACUAUCUUGAGUAGUAUAUAAUGAAUUUUUAAAAAAUCUAGAAUCAUAGACUCAUUUAGGUUGGAAAAGACCCUUUAGAUCAAGUUCAGCCGAACUACUGCUUGACUGUUACUUCCUGUAAAUUGCAUGGAUGCACAUAAAAGUAAGUCUACAGGUUGGAUUUUCAGAACACCUCGUGCAGGUUUAGGAGCAAUGCAUUGUAGAAGUAUAAAAGGAAGAACUGUUCCCAUGUUGGUUUGAUGCACAAGUCCUUACCAACCUGUGAAAUUUGAGAUACUUGGUUACACACGAGCUGUGACUCAUGUCACACCCAAACACCAAUUUUAUUGUUUAGUUGCUGCUCUGACUUCAGAACGCCUGUGCCUGAUUUAUACCAAUAUGAAGCCAGAAUGAAAUCUCGUGCAUAAAGCCUAAGUACCAAUCCAAGUACUAAGUGCUGAGAUCUUGUCAAGUGACUGCAGUAUGAGGUAUAUGAAAGCUGUCUUUUGUGCUCUGAGUGUUGCUGCAAGCUGAAAGUUUGGAACAGUCUGCAGGUAUGUUUAAGUUUGGUUAAGGCUUUACUAGGAAAGUUCAUAUGUUAAUUUAACGUCAACAUGUGUACCUACUUUCUGCAAUUAGACUGUAAAAUGUUAGCCAAUGAGGCAGUAACAAAAAUAUCAAACUGCAUUGCACUUUUGCUGACUUGGGACUUACUCCAAGCAAUUCCUGAAGGCAGGGUUGCAAGUCUUCAUUGCAUCUCAGGAGAUAGUUGGUACCUUUGCAGGAUCAAAGUUGCUAGCUGUACUUGUAAUUUAAAGUAUAACAUAAAAACUUGUCAUUUUUGUAAGCUGACAUAAUAAACUAUUUUUCCAAGCAA